AUGACUCUGCAGCAUCUUGAACCAGACUCUCCCUCCUCCCCCUUUGUCAAAGGCGAAAAAUACCGCUUCACCGUCCUCACCGAUGGCUUGUUGCGAUAUGAAUGGGCCGAGGACGGCCAGUUCGAGGACCGGCCGUCGUCCCUUGCCGCAACCCGCGCCGACUUGCUCAAGUCCGUCCCCAAGUUCGAGGUCCGCGAGACAUCAGACUCUUUGGCAAUCAUUACUCGCCGCUUCCGCAUGACCUACGACAAGCGCGAGUUCACCCCUUACGGCUUGUUCGUCGUUGUCACCGGCCACACUGGCACUACCUGGCGAUAUGGGGAGAACAACGAAACGCUGGGUGGCACACGUCGGACUCUUGACGGUGUCGACGGCCGCGCAAGCCUCGAAAAGAGCGUCACCUCGCGCAAGGGCUUCGCCAGCCUUGACGAUUCGGCCUCCUUUCUUUUCACCGACGAUGGCUUCGUCGCGCCGCGCCGCCCUGGACCUGGCCGUGUCGACGGCUACCUCUUUUGUUAUGGACACGAGUAUCGCGAGGCCGUCCGCGCGUUUCUCAAGCUGUCGGGCCCGCAGCCGCUGCUUCCCCGAUGGGCUCUGGGCUCUUGGUGGUCUCGCUAUCAUGAAUACACGGCCGACUCCUAUCUUGAGCUCAUGGACGCGUUUGCCCACUACAAAGUGCCGCUCUCCGUCGCUUGCGUGGACAUGGACUGGCACCUGGUCAAUGAGCCCGUCGUGAGGCGUUACAAAGCCAGUGGUUGGACCGGAUACACCUGGAACCGCAACCUGUUCCCGGACCCGCCCGCCUUCCUCGACCAGCUGCAUCGCCGGAAUCUAAAAGUCACGCUCAACGACCAUCCGGCCGAUGGAAUAGCGCCAUACGAGGACUUGUAUCGCGACAUGGCGCGAGUCCUCCACUUUGACACUUCCCGUGACGAGACAAUUCCCUUCGACAUUAGCAACAGGGCCUUUCUCAACGCCUACCAUGACCCCCUGCUCAAGUCGCUCGAGGAUAUGGGUGUUGACUUUUGGUGGGUUGAUUGGCAGCAGGGCACGGAGUCGCGCAUGCCAGGCGUAGACCCUCUAUGGCUGUUGAAUCAUUUUCAUUUCGCGAAAUGGCAGAAACCUGGCCGUCCCAUUGUUCUCUCCCGAUAUGCCGGGCCAGGCAGUCAGCGGUAUCCCGUUGGCUUCUCAGGCGACACUGUUAUAUCGUGGAACUCACUCAACUUCCAGCCUGAGUUUACCGCGUCGGCCAGCGAUAUAGGCUUCUUCCAGUGGUCUCACGACAUCGGAGGACACAUGUUCGGUGCCCGAGAUGACCACCUGACGACAAGAUGGGUGCAGCUCGGCGUCUUGUCUCCCAUCAUGCGGCUGCACUCUAGUAACAGCAAGUUCAAUGGCAAGGAGCCAUGGCAUCUACCCGCAGGCUCUGGCCAAGGACCGAGAGAAGUGGUCAUUCAGUUUAUGCGGCUCCGGCAUAGACUUAUACCUUACCUCCAUACCAUGAAUGCGCGAGCAGCCGCCAAGGACGCGCCGUCGCCGCUCGUCGAGCCCAUGUACUGGAGCUAUCCGGAAAGAGAAGAGGCUUACAACGUCCCCAACCAAUACAAGUUUGGGCCAGAGAUGUUCGUCUGCCCCAUCACGAGCCCUACCAACCGCGCCACGCAUACCGCCAAGGUGCGCGGGUGGCUGCCCCCGGGGAUUUUCGUCGACUUCUUUUCGGGUGUUGUCUAUGAUGGAAAUCGGACCCUUUGGCUGAACCGCACGCUCGACAAGGUGCCCGUUCUGUUGGGGCAGGGGGCAAUUGUCCCACUUGAUGGAAAUCUAAUGCCUCCAAACGGCUCACAAAAUCCGGAUAGCUUCGAAGUUGUCGUCGUCGUCGGAGCUAAUGGCUCCUUCGAAAUUCUUGAAGAGUUCGGGGAUGAAAAGCGAGAUCCGGACUGGGUCAAGACGCUCAUCUCCCUCGACCAAACCAAAGGGAGCAUCUCCAUCGGCUUCAAAUCAACCAAGGGUGUGCGAGCCGUCGUCGGCGAUAAGCCUCUCGACCCGGACGUGAAAGUGGCCGCAAACGGGCUCGUCGUUGCGCUGGGGGACGUGCCGGCCGGCGCGGGCGCAACAGUAUAUCUCGGCGCCAACCCGCAGCUCGCUAUAAAUGACCCGCAGGCCCUCAUUUAUCCUAUCCUGUUUGACGCCGAGAUCGAGUACAGGCUCAAGGAGAAUAUUGAUGCCAUUAUGAGCGCCCCUUCAGUUACGACCGCGGUCCGCGCCAGUCAGCUGGAGGCGUUGGACAUGGAUCCCGACUUGCGCUCGGUUCUGACGGAGCUUUUGCUUGCCGACUCGCGCGUGGUGUGA